AUGCCUCCAGCACACAAGAACCAGGCGUUGCGUCCUGAAAACAUUUUAAAGCGUGCCGAAGACCUUAUUGGCGUCGGAGAAAGAGAAGCUUCCCUCGAAACUUUGUAUGAGUUUAUCACCUCCAAGAGAAUUCGUUACUUGCAAGUUGAGGAUUUGGAGCCUAUCGCUCUGUUGCUUAUUGAGUUGGCUGUUGACUUAAGAAAGGGAAAGUUGGCCAAGGAUGCUUUGCACCAAUAUAAGAAAAACGUGCAGAUGUCUGAACACGGUUUGGAAUCUGUUGAAGUAAUCGUUAGACAGUUCAUUUCUUUGGCUGAGAAAAAGUUGGACGAAGCCCAAGCAAAGGCUGACAUUAAGAUCGAUCAAGACGAGGAAGAAGAUUUGGAAGACUCCCAAACGCCUGAAAGCAUCUUGUUGUCUGCUGUCUCCAACACAGACUCUGCGGACAGAACCGAGAGAGAAUUGGUCACCCCUUGGUUGAGAUUCUUGUGGGAGGCACUUAGAGCUGUUUUGGAUAUUUUGAGAAACAACUCCAAGUUGGAAGUCACAUACUCUGCUAUUGUGAACCAGGCUUUCCAAUUCUGUUUGAAGUUCAACAGAAAGGCUGAGUUUAGAAGGUUAUGUGAGCUCUUGAGAGCACACAUGCAAUCUGUCACUACUCAGGUCCCAGCCAAGGGUACAGGCACAAACAUUAAUGCUGUUGAUUUGUCUGAUCCUGAAACUGUCCAACGUUAUUUGGAACAACGUUUUGCUCAGUUGAACAUUUCUGUCAAAUUGGAAUUGUGGCAAGAGUCCUUCCGUUCCGUUGACGAUGUGCACACUUUAAUCACAGCUUCUAAGAAGGCCCCUAAGCCCGUUAUGAUGGCUAACUACUAUGAAAACUUGGCCAGAAUUUUUGCUGUUUCAGACAACAAUUUGUACCACGCAGCCGCUUGGAACAAAUUCUUCAAUUUGUUCUCUCAAUCCCCUAACGCCACCGACAAGGAGUUGAGCCACUACGCCUCUGUUCUUGUUUUGUCUACCUUGGCGAUCCCAACAAAGUCAUUGAAUGUCAAUGAAACUGUUGUUGACGAACAAAAGGCCAAGAACGCCAAAUUGACCUCUUUGUUAAACUUGAACCAAGUGCCAACGAGAGACAGCUUGAUUUCCUCUAUUGUCAACAGAUCUAUUUUGAAGUUUGUGGAUGAGCCAAUCAAGAAAUUGUUCGAGAUCAUGAGCGAUUCUGAGUUCCACCCAUUGACUGUCAAAGAAAGAGUUGCUGAGGUGUUUCAAAUUCUCAAAGAUGACAAAGCUUACAGCAAGUACAUUCCAACAUUGACCGAAGUUGUUUUAAUUAGAUCUUUCCAACAAGUUUCUCAGAUUUAUGAGGCUGUGAAAUUGGAUUUCUUAGUUUCUUUGGGUAUUAUUGAAGGUACUGAGUAUACCUUGACACCUUUGGAAGUUGAAGACUUGAUUGUCAAUUCUGUUAAGAAAGGUCACUUGUCUUUGACUAUUGAUCACGAAUCUCAAGUUGUUACCUUCAAGUCCAAUCCAUUCGAGGAUUCUUUCAAUGACUCUUUGUCAUCUAAGUUGCAAGCUUCCCCAGCUGAAUUGGUCAGAAACCAAUUGUCCAAAUUGGCUUACGUUUUAGCAAAUUCUGUUAAGGUUAUUGACCCACAAGCUGAGGCCCGCAAGAAGCACAGAACUGACAUCGCAUUGCAAAAUGCUAUCGCUGACUUUGUUAGAGAACAACGGGAAAUUGCAGAACGAGUUGAAAUUUUGGAAGAACGCAAAAAGAUUGCAGACAAAAUCAAGCGUGAGGAGGAAGAGGCUGCAGCUAAGGCGAGACAAGAGAAAUUACUUGCUGAGCAAAAGGCCGAGCAAGAAAGAUUAGCCAAGGAACAGGAGAGAAAGAACCAAGAGCGUUUAGAAAGAGAAAGAACACGAUCAUUGAGAAAGAUAAGAGAAAGAUAG